AAUAAUUGAUUAGGCAGGGUGGGUUUCACCUUUUACUUUUAGUUUUAGCAAGGGGGAAGAGGGGGAGUAGCAGAGAUGGAGAAGAAGCGUUGUGGCGUUUUGGUGCUGGCAACAGUGGUGCUAAUGCUGGUUGGUGCUGCUACUGCUGCAAGAACAGUGACUGACCGGACACUCAGUCAUCAUAAUGGGCAAGUCAGCAGAAAUCUGCUUUCUAAUGGCCUUGGCAUGACUCCUCCAAUGGGGUGGAAUAGUUGGAAUCAUUUUGGAUGCAAUAUUAUGAAAAAAUCAUCCAAGAAACCGCUGAUGCUUUGGUUUUAACCGGACUAGACAAGCUUGGAUAUAAAUAUGUUAACAUAGAUGAUGCUGGGCUGAAAUAAACCGAGAUGACAAGGGUAAUCUAAUGCCAAAGAAAUCAACAUUUCCAUCUGGAAUAAAAGCUCUAGCAGAUUAUGUUCACAGCAAAGGUCUUAAGCUUGGAAUAUACUCAGAUGCAGGAUAUUUUACUUGCAGCAAACAGAUGCCUGGUUCUCUUGGUCAUGAGGAACAAGAUGCCAAGACCUUUGCUGAAUGGGGUAUUGACUAUUUGAAGUAUGAUAACUGUAACAAUGGUGGAACAAAGCCAACUGAGAGAUAUCCUGUGAUGACCCGUGCUCUGAGGAAUGCAGGCUGCUCCAUCUUCUUCUCAUUAUGUGAAUGGGGAGAUAUGCACCCUGCUGAAUGGGGUGCUCUAGUAGGAAAUAGUUGGAGAACCACAAAUUACAUACACGAUAAUUGGGAUAGCAUGGUUUCUAGAGCAGACCAGAAUGAAGUUUAUGCUUCAUAUGCAAGGCCUGGUGGUUGGAAUGAUUCUGACAUGCUUGAGGUGGGGAAUGGAGGGAUGAGCAAAAGUGAAUACAUUGUACAUUUUAGCUUAUGGGCCAUUUCCAAGGCUCCAUUUCUUCUUGGUUGUGAUGUGAGAAACAUGACAAAAGACACAACUGAUAUUGUAGCAAAUCAAGAGGUUGUUGCUGUUAACCAAGAUUCAUAUGGUGUUCAAGCUAAGAAAGUUAGGAUGGAAGGUGAUGUUGAGGUUUGCGCGGCACCACUUUCCAGCUACAGAGUAGCAGUAGUCCUACUCAAUCGGGGUUUGUUGCGUUCUCCAAUAACAGCUCGCUGGGAUGACAUUGGACUUUCUCCUAAAACUGUUGUUGAAGCAAGAGACCUUUGGGAGCAUACGACAUUAAAGGAAAAAUUUAUUGGCAACCGGACCACGACUAUCGAUGGUCACGCGUGCAGAAUGUAUGUGUUGAAGCCCAUUGCUUAAGCAAACCCUUCAACCCAAAACAAAUUGAAAUGGAUUGCUUACAACGUUUUACUAAAUAGCUGAAUAACCAAAAUAUGUUCCAGUCAUAGUUAUAGAAUUCUAUAAUUCUUCAACGGAACGUGGAAUCGAUUGUCAUAAAAACAAUUGGCUGAGAUGCAUAAGUAACAUUUCGAGGUUUCAAGACAUUUUCAUCUUUUCCUUUCUGGUUGUGUGUAAUUUAUUCACAUUUAUUAAAAAUAAUUAUCUUUU